AUGCUGCUCAGAGCAGCUCGAUCAUCAUGCUGGCGCCCGGCGUUACGCCCACAGCCGCGCUCCGCCGGACCUUAUCUACGCACGAGACCAGUUCCCACGCAACUACAAAGACACAAUUUGUGCGGUACCAUCCGGAACCAAGCAACUACCAGCAAUGAAGACUCUGCGCCCAAGAAUACCCCAGCUACAGCUACCCCGUCCGCCCAAUUGUACACCGCAAAUGCCGAAGCUACAAAGGUGGAGGGGCAGGCCGCAAGCCAGCCCAAGAAAGAAUUACUCAAUGAAACCGCCCAGGCCAAGAAGGAACAACGGAAGGCAGAUUGGGAAAUCAUGAGGGAAAUGGCCAAAUACCUCUGGCCAAAGAAUGAUUGGGGCACCAAGCUUCGUGUUGGAACGGCUUUGUCAUUGCUAAUAGGAGCAAAGAUCCUCAACGUGGAGGUGCCAUUUUACUUCAAGAGUAUUGUGGAUUCAAUGAAUGUGGACUUUGCUUCUGUAGGAGGCACCGCCUACACUGUAGCGGGAUCUAUGAUCAUCGCAUAUGGAGCUACUCGAAUCGGAGCCACUCUGUUCCAGGAACUUCGAAAUGCCGUUUUUGCCAGUGUAGCCCAGAAGGCCAUUCGGAAAGUAGCGCGCAACGUGUUUGAACAUCUUCUGCGUCUGGAUCUGAAUUUCCAUCUAUCCCGUCAAACCGGUGGCUUGACUCGGGCCAUCGAUCGUGGUACCAAGGGUAUCAGCUUCUUGUUAACAUCCAUGGUCUUCCAUGUGGUACCCACUGCGUUGGAGAUCUCAAUGGUGUGCGGUAUUUUGACAUAUCAAUAUGGCUUUCAAUUCGCGGCUAUCACAGCCACCACUAUGGUUGCUUAUACCGCAUUUACCAUUACCACUACCGCGUGGCGAACCAAGUUUCGACGCCAGGCCAAUGCAGCGGAUAACCGUGGAGCUACAGUGGCAGUGGAUUCACUCAUUAAUUACGAGGCUGUCAAGUACUUCAACAAUGAAAGAUUCGAGGUAGCUCGGUACGACAAGGCUCUCAAGAACUAUGAAGAUGCCUCGAUCAAAGUGACCACCUCUCUCGCACUGUUGAAUUCUGGCCAGAAUAUGAUUUUCUCGAGCGCAUUAGCAGCCAUGAUGUACCUGGCAGCCGAUGGUGUCGCGACGGGAUCAUUGACAGUCGGUGACCUGGUCAUGGUGAACCAGUUAGUCUUCCAGUUGUCCGUACCACUGAACUUCCUGGGCUCAGUGUACCGUGAAUUGCGCCAAUCUCUGCUGGACAUGGAGACGCUGUUCAACCUGCAAAAAGUCAACGUAACGAUUCAAGAGCGACCGAACGCCAAACCGCUGGAAUUGAAGAGCGGCGGCGAGAUCCGCUUCGAGAACGUCACUUUUGGCUACCACCCGGACCGACCAAUUCUCAAGAAUGCCACCUUUACCAUCCCGGCUGGAUCGAAGUUUGCUAUCGUAGGCCCGAGCGGCUGCGGUAAAUCCACGAUUCUCCGAUUGUUGUUCCGCUUCUACGAUACUCAGACUGGUCGUAUCCUGAUCGAUGGACAGGACGUGCGAGAUGUAACUCUUGACAGCCUCCGGAAGGCCAUCGGAGUUGUGCCGCAGGAUACUCCGUUGUUCAACGAUACAAUUGCCCAUAACAUCCGAUACGGCCGGCUCGAUGCAACGGAUGAAGAGGUGAAGCGAGCCGCGGAGCGUGCCCGUAUUCAUCAACUUGUUGCUGGGUUACCUGAUGGUUAUGAAACCGCCGUUGGUGAGCGUGGUAUGAUGAUUUCCGGCGGCGAGAAACAGCGCCUAGCAAUUUCGCGUCUCUUAUUGAAGGACCCGCAAUUAUUAUUCUUUGACGAAGCUACAUCUGCCCUCGACACUUACACGGAGCAAGCCCUCUUACAGAAUAUCAAUAGUAUUCUUAAGGAGAAGCGUCGGACGAGCGUGUUUGUGGCGCACCGCCUCCGAACCAUCUAUGAUAGUGACCAAAUUCUGGUUCUAAAGGAUGGUAAUGUGGUUGAGACGGGGUCCCACCGCGAGCUCCUGGACCUUGAAGGUGUUUAUGCCGAGUUAUGGAAUGCCCAAGAGCGAAGUCUGGCUCAAGAUGAGGAAGUCGAGUAA